UUUAUACUGUGAUAGAAAAUAAGGCUGGCGCACGCUAGUCCGGCCAUUCAAAACGGACAUUUCAAGGUGAUACAAAUAUCACAAUAAUCAUCUUUAAGUAGGUUGCUUUUCCUAAACCACAUUGUAGCAUUGUGAAUAACUGAAUAUAGAUCAGAAUUUAGAAAGAUAAUAACAUCGACAAAAAGAGAGAGAGAGAGUGAGGGAGAAAGAGAAGAGGAGGGCAAUGGAGAAAAAAGUGCUUGCUGUAUCUGGAAUAGUGGGCUUCCUGGGUUUGCUUAGUGCUAUCCUGGGCUUUAUAGCAAAUACCAAAAGGAUCAAGGCUUCGCAAGUACAAUUGACGACCUCAGGCGACUGCAUUUACCCAGAGAGCUCUGCUGCCGCCCUGGCGGUUGUAGCAGCCGUGACCCUGCUAUUUGCUCAGUUAAUAGCUAGCGCCGCCACAGGCUGCGGCUGCUGCUGCUGCUGUAAAGGCAGUACUCGUCAGUGGAAGUGGAACUGCCGUCGAGUAUCAGGGUUGAUCGCCGCCAUAGUUUCUUGGUUUACAUUUAUACUGGCGUUUUCAAUCUUCAUAUCUGCUGCCGUCUGGAACAGUCGUCACCGACAGAGCGGACAGAAGAGUUGCUAUGUCCUGAGGUCCAGAGACUUACCAGAAGCUGCCAUAUUGUCCCUGAUUACUGCCAUUCUCGGAGUCUCUUCUUAUGUGUCUUUGCGUGACUGAUACUGUGCAAUCAUUCAACCGAUCAUCGCCCGCCCAAUGAAUCAUGAUAUAUGGCAAUCAACAGGGACGUACACAAGACUAAAGCCCUCCAAAAACACCAUUGCAGUUUAUUAGCUUGUGGCGAAUAAGUUAUUUUUUCACAUUACUAUUUGUUCUGUAGCCUAGACAUGUUACUUCCAUCCCAUCCUAUCUUAUUUUGGCCAUAAGAGCAAUCUCUUCUGUCAGCUGAACAUUAUCUAAUAUUCGGAACAAGAUUUCCAACGAAUCCCAAAAAUUUGUCAUUUAGAUAAUUUCCUACUAAAAUUUAGAUCUGCCAGAGUUCCAGCUAAUGUAAAGACGAGCUAGGCUCACUUAAAAGUGUCAGCUAUGCUCUAAAAUCAUCAGAAAAAUGGGUUAAUGAUAAGAAAGAGUGAGUC